CUACUGCUGGUCUUACUGCUCGACGUUCAGUGCGACGAUCCUUAUCGAUUCUUCGAUUGGAAAGUCACCUACGGAGAUAUCUAUCCUUUGGGAAUACGACAACAAGUAAUAUUGAUCAAUGGGCAAUUCCCAGGGCCAGAAAUACAGUCUCAAACCAACGACAACAUAAUCAUCAACGUCUACAAUGGAUUGACGGAGCCUUUCCUCAUCACAUGGAACGGAGUGCAAUUGAGAGGAAACUCAUGGCAAGACGGUGUUUAUGGGACUAAUUGUGGGAUCCCACCGAAUAAGAACUAUACGUACGUGAUGCGUUUCAAGGAUCAGAUUGGAAGCUUCUUUUACUUUCCUUCGUUGGGGUUUCAGAAGGCGGCGGGAGGUUACGGCGGCAUCAGUAUUCUAAGCAGGCCUGGCGUUCCGGUGCCAUUUCUUGCCCCCGUCAAGGAAUACACGCUCCUCAUCGGCGACUGGUAUAAGACGGCUAUUCACUCGAUAUUAAAAGAAAAAAUAGACAAUGGCAUGGAACUUCCCUUCCCCGACGCCAUCCUAAUCAACGGCCGCAGCAGCUCCAAUGGGGCAUCCUUCACCGUUGAUCAAGGAAAAACCUAUCGAUUGAGGAUCUCCAAUGUAGGGUUAAUGACCUCCUUAAAUAUUCAAAUCCAAGGCCACCAGAUGAAGUUGGUGGAGGUUGAGGGCACACACACUAUCCAAAACUACUAUCCCUCCCUUGAUGUCCAUGUUGGCCAAUCGAUGUCGGUGCUUGUCACGGCUGAUCAAUCACCCAAGGAUUACUACAUUGCCGUCUCCACCCGUUUCACCACCACCACCCUAACCACCACUGCCAUCCUUCAUUACAGCAAUUCUGAGCAAAAGGCUUCAGGUCCAAUCCCCACAGGUCCGACUGGGCAAUUCGAUUGGUCCAUGAACCAAGCUCGAACCAUUCGCACAAAUCUGAGCGCAAGCGGGCCGCGGCCCAACCCACAAGGCUCGUACCACUACGGCUCGAUCCCGGUGAACCGGACGAUCCAGCUCGCCAACUCCGCCGCCCUGGUGGGCGGCAAGCAGCGCUACGCCGUCAACAGCGUCUCCUUCGUGGAGGCCGACACGCCGCUGAAGCUCGCCGACUACUUCAAGAUUGACGGCGUUUUCAGGCUGGGGAGCAUCGACGACCACCCCACCGGCGCGGCGGUGCACCUCGACACGGCGGUCAUGGCCGCCGACUUCCGCGCGUUCGCGGAGGUGGUCUUCCAGAACGACGAGCCUACCGUGCAGAGCUGGCAUCUGGAUGGCUACAGCUUCUGGGUCGUAGGCAUGAACAAAGGGGAAUGGAGUCCGGCGAGUCGAAACGACUACAACCUUAAAGAUGCGGUGUCUCGCUGCACCGCUCAGCUGUAUCCCAAUUCGUGGACUGCGGUUUACGUAGCCUUGGACAACGUGGGGAUGUGGAAUGUGCGAUCGCAAUGGUGGGAGCGACGGUACCUGGGCCAGCAGUUCUACUUGAGGGUUUACUCGCCGGCAGAAUCCAGAAGAGACGAGUACCCGAUGCCGGGCAACGCCCUCCUCUGCGGCAGAGCAGCGAAGGAGCUGAUCAGUACCGCCAAGCACAGCUCCGGCUCCAUCAACAUUUCUAUCUUUUAA